AUUUCUUUCCCUCUCAUUCACUCCAGAAGGACAUCCAUGAGCAGGAUGCACGUUCCCUCUGUUUGGACAAGAACUUAAUACCUAAAGCUUUUUUCUUGACUGAACCUCCUGCUUUUAUUGAAAAAAACUAAAGUGCAGAACAGGAUUUUUUUUCCCCUUUCCUCUUCUUUGAUCAGAAAGCCUGACGGAAAAAGUUGUGACGGAUUUAGAAAGUAGCAAAAAAGGAAGAAGAAGAAAGAAGGAGACGGUGUGAGUGCUUUGCCCUGAAGGUUCGUAAGGAAAAAAAAAGAGAACAGAGACAGAUAUAAAGCCAGAGAUAAUCUGAGAGGGAGACAGAGUGAGAGCUGGAGAGACAGACAGAGAGGGAGGGAGGGAGAAACACAGCUGGUGUGUGAAGGGAAAAUAUAGAUAAAGGAAAGAAAGGAGGUGCACCAGUGUGACGGGCGAGAAGACUGAAGAGCACAACCAAGGCUGCGGAGAGAAAAGGAGCACUAAAUGAGACAAUCAGCAAAUAAAAGGCAGCAAUUAAGAUAAAAAUUCAAGUUCAAGGUCAAGACAAACACAAAGAGCAGUGGACUCGGAUGCAUAGUUGAAAGAACAUCCCAUUGAUGGUAAGAAUGGACGGACAGCAGAGCAGGAAAGACUUCCCCUGAGGAACAAGGGAAACAAAAAAAAGGAGGCUGCUGCGUUUGAAACAGAAGAGGAGACGAUUUCUUCAUCAUGAUUUAUACAGAAGAGUUCCUAAAUUCAAACGACCUGCGCCAGAAGAGCAACUUCGUCCCGGGAUAGAAUGAAGAGAGGAGCGAAGAGAUACCUGCUGAGUCUGUGAUACCUUCCUACUCCUCAGACUCUUCCACUUUCCUCUUCCUUCCUGUCUGUCACAAACACUAAGUUCUUCCUCCUCUGGCCUGAUAUCUCCCUCUCCUCAGUUCUUCAUCUCCUCACUAUGUGGAGACCAGCUUUGCUCCUAUGGAUGCUUAAUAUCAGCAACUUGUGCUCCGGAGACGACUACACAGACUAUUACUCAACUGGAGACAUGGGCACUGAGGCUCCAGUGUUUGACAACCAGCCCAGCAUUGAGACGGUAAAGACUGUGGAUGAGCUCCUACAGCUUCUGUACCCUGAAUACAGUUUGCUUCAGCGCUGCUUGAGCAGGAAAUCGUGGCAGUCGUCGUCCCCGUCAUCCCCCUACGUUACUAGCACCUCUGCGAGUCCCGCGGCCUACUCUAACGAUGACGACCUCUGGGGUCAGCCACGGAGCGGUGCUCUUUACAAAAUUGACGGCACCUUGGCAGUCAUUCUUGAGGAGAUCAAGCGGACCUCCUGCCAACCCAGAGAGGUGUGCGUCGAGGUCGCCAAGGAAUACCCAGAAUCCACCAGUCAAUUCUACCUCCCUCGAUGUGUGGCACUGCAUCGGUGCGGUGGAUGCUGUCCCAACGAGGCCUAUUACUGCACAAAUACAAGUCACUCCUUUGUAAAUAAAACACUAAUGGAACUGUCCCCUCCCCGGAUGGAACGCUCCGCCGUCAUGGUAACCUUCGUCAACCACACCUCGUGCGACUGCCUCUCCAAGCGGCCUCUCCACUCGAUCAUAAGGCGAGCCGCAACAGAUCACCUGUGUUCCCCACCCGAAGUUCCCUGCACCUCGGGGUCAUUGUGGGAUCCAGUGAAUUGUGUGUGCGUUCCUGCAAGUACCAUCAACUACUCCGAGAGAGACACAGAUGUGAUGGACUCAAGUCUGCUGGCUCUCUGUGGGCCAAAGCGAGUUCUGCAGGAAUCCACCUGCGAGUGCGUGUGUAGAAACGGACUCACCGAGGACAGCUGCGAUCCAGGCUGGAAACUGGACCGCAACACCUGUGAAUGUCAGUGCGAAGGUCAAGGUGAAGGGAAGUGGUGCCCCGCCGGCCAGCGGUGGGAUGGAGACCUGUGUGGCUGUGUGUGCGCCGCAGAUUGUCCCGGGAACCAGCCGCUGAACCCCGACACCUGCCUGUGUCAGUGCAGAGAGAGUCCACAGUCGUGUCUGCGGCAGGGCAAGAGGUUCAAGCCCAACACCUGCAGUUGCUACAGGUUGCCAUGCAGGAAUCCCAGACGCACGUGCUCGGCUGGGUUUUACUACAGUCACCAAGUUUGCCAGUGCAUCCCCAACUACAUGAGGCCCGAGUGGAAUUAACCAAUCACGGCCGAGCGGGACCGCAGACAUUUAUUGCCCUUUUGACCUGAGGCUUGGCCUGAAAACAAAGGCGCGAUAGAGCAGAAGUGGCUCAAGAAAGGAGGACAGGAAGGAGCAGCCACACAUUCCCGUGUGUGUAUUGGAUUACAGCAGAUUACAAGUGGCACUUUUCCGGGGUUUUUUUCCAGUGCGCUGCCUGUGCUUUGACACGCCUCCGAAAACAAACUCAGUGCAACAAAAGAGAACGGGAGUGUUUUCGAAUGAAAAAAACCGUGAGAUACUUGACUCUCUGUCUGUCAGCUGGCCUUCUUCCUGUCACUCACAACACCAUCUCCACUGGAGUCACACUUGACUAAAAGCCCAACAGCGAGAGCAGGACGGGACCAGUAAGACUCAGCAUCCACCUCAACAGCGCUGCGACGUGUUGGAGCAAGAAACACAAAGCGUGUGAAAUGAAAAGUGGAAUGGGAUAAUAAUAGGCCCAGUUCCCUUGAAGUACUGAGAUGAAUUAUCUGUAGGAGAGGCGGAAGGAUUUAUUUUUGCAGAAUUCUUCUUC